UUCCUCCAAAAACCUCUGAUUUGACUGCAAGCUGUGGAAAGUAACACCCAGGGUGUUCCAGCCCUUGAGUUUUUUAGUGCAGUGAAAAGUGCAGAAACCACCAAAUACAGAUUCAUAGUAGAAGAAGAAACAGAUUAGUUUCUGCUUUAUUCAUUCAUCUGCAUUUGAGCCAUGGCUGACGCAGCAGAGAAACCAAAGGAAAAACCAAAGAAAAAGAAGACAACUGGAUCAACAAAGGAGAAAGAAAAGAAAACAACGGAAAAAGUAACUGGAACAGACCCUAAUAAAAAUGAGAAACAAGAUGAACAAACAGAACAAGUAAAGACAACUCCACAGAAAACCAAGGGACAUCAAAAUACUGAAGAAACUAAAUUAACUGAUCAACCAUCUAAAGACAUUCAAAAAAAUAAUGAGCCCACUGUCAGUGGCAUUUCAGAUGAUCCAAAACCUACAACAGAUAAAUCACAGGCAGAAAAAGGUCCAGCACAAAAGAUAAUGGAACCAGAAUUUGUGCCUGCAGACAUUUCUGAGAGACCACUGGUUAAACCUGAUUAUGUUCCACCACCAGCAGCAACAAAGAGAGAUGUUGACCUGCUCAAAGAUAUGGAUGAAGCUAAACUUGAAGAACUGCGAGAGGCAUUUCAACUGUUUGACCUGGAUAAAGAUGGUGUGAUUAGUACUACAGACCUAAGGCUAACAUUUGCUACUUUAGGACAGCCUGACAUACCAGACACUGAAAUUAAGCAAAUGUUGUCAGAGACAAUUGGUCCACUUGAUUUUGAAUCAUUUGUUAUCCUAUUGGGGUAUAAAACGGUAGAGUUGGAUCCAGAAACUGUACUAAUUGAUGCUCUCUCAAGAUGGGACUAUGACAAUUCUGGCUUGAUUUCUGAAGAAAGGAUAAAACAUGAUCUAGUCACAUGGGGUGACAGAUUUACUCCCGAAGAGGCUGAUCUGGCUCUUGAUGAUGCUCCAGUUUGCAUGAGGAAAGGAGUUGCAAUGAUAGACUACAUUAAAUUCUGUAACACAUUAAGUGGAUUACGCAAAAAGACGAAAACACCUGGACCUGAAGAUUUCAUGAGUCACGCACAUUAGUGGUGGACUUCCCUACAUGUCUGUGAUUUCACCUAGUCUUAAGGUGAUAGAUGUUAUCUCAAUGAUUGCAACUACGCAGUAUGUAAAUCAAGAUUUUGUACAAAAUGUACAAGAAUAUAACUCUUUAAAAUAUCAGUUUAACAAAUAAAAAGAAGACAGUAUGCAUCUAGUA